GAGAGGGGGCGGAGGAGGUGGUGGUGUUGAUGCUGCUGGUGGACGGGGCUUGUCUUUUAGCUGGCUGCAUGUGUUGACACGCAUUUCUGCUCCAUCUCCUUGAUUAAACCGGUGGCAGGCUGGAGGGGAGUCGCAGCGGAGACUGAAGCAGCAGCAUCAGCAGCAGAAGCAGCAGCAGCAGCAGCAGUCAGGGGGCUGGGGGCUUGGCUGGGUGGGCAGGCGGAGGAAUGAGAGUGGACCGAGCCGCGGCAUCUUCACCAUGCAGCCGACUGCCACCACCAGCCGUCCAUUUUAUACGACUAUAUGAGCCGAUGAGCGCCAGUGUGUCUGUUUCUUGCAGACAGGCAGCAGCAGUGUGCAGUCCCGGCGAUGACAACAUAGGCCAACGCCUCGCCGCAGCUUCAUACAGGGAAUGAAAACGCUCCCAAGAUGGUCCGCAUCGCCAAGGCCCUGGGUUUGGUUAUUCUGUGCGUCGCCGUGCUCAUACUGUCGCUCAUCAGCUAUGUCUCUCUCCGAAAAGACAGCCUCUUCACCUCCUCCAAGUAUUACAUGGGAGGCCCGAGGAUUAUGUUUCACGCAGGAUUUCGGUCUCAGUUUGCAAUGAAUUUUCUGGACCCGUCCUUUAUCCCCUUGACCAACGCCCUGAACGAAGAGCUUCAAGGAAAACCGUCCAAAUGGAAGUUCAACAAGACGGCAUUUUACCAGCAGAGGAAAGAUAUCUUCAGCUACAUCGACAUUCCCAACAACUUCUCCCUGACAAAGAACAGUGUGCGUGUCGGCCAGCUGAUGCACUUUGACUACUCCAGCCACAAGUAUGUCUUCUCCAUCAGCAACAACUUCAAAUCCCUGCUCCCAGACACCUCUCCUAUCCUCAACAAGCACUACAGUAUGUGUGCUGUGGUGGGAAACAGCGGUAUCUUGACGGGCAGCCACUGCGGCCCAGAGAUUGACCAGGCCGACUUCGUCUUCCGCUGCAACUUCGCCCCGACGGAGGUCUACUCCAAGGACGUGGGCAGGAAGACCAACCUGACCACCUUUAACCCCAGCAUCCUGGAGAGGUACUACAACAACCUGCUGACCAUUCAAGACAGGAAUAAUUUCUUUCUCAACCUGAAGAAGCUGGAGGGAGCCAUCCUGUGGAUCCCUGCCUUCUUCCUCCAUACCUCAGCCACAGUGACCAGGACCUUGGUGGACUUCUUUGUGGAGCACAAGGGCCAACUGAAGGUCGAACUGGCCUGGCCAGGAAACAUCAUGCACGAUGUCAACAAAUACUGGAAGACUAAAAACCUCUCCCCCAAACGUCUCAGCACUGGAAUCCUCAUGUACACGCUGGCCUACGCCAUGUGUGACGAGAUCCAUCUCUACGGCUUCUGGCCCUUCGGCUGGGACCCCAACACGGGCAAAGAGCUGCCUUACCACUACUACGACAAGAAAGGGACCAAAUUCACCACCAAGUGGCAGGAGACCCACCAGCUGCCCAGCGAGUUCAAGCUGCUCUACAAGCUGCACAGGGAGGGCGUGACCAAACUCAGCCUGACGCACUGCACUGCUUAAGACACACACAUGUGAGUGUUGGAUGGUCUAAGAGGUGACUCCAGAGGCUGUGACCCAGAUACAUCAGCUCAGUUCUAACUUCUGUUGUGACCCACAAUGCAUGAUAAGUGUUACGGCAAUUUAUGGCACCCUCAUCCUACAAACACACACUCACGUCACGCUGUAAUUCCACACAAAGAUGUCAGGCUCACUCGGGAUAUAAAUCACAGACCCACACAGUAAUAUUGUUGUGUUCAGUACAGUUAUGACCUUUAUGCUGCUCAGUUGCUUCCAUUACUCUCCUUUGCAUGGCUGCUGGCCGUGGGUAAACAGCUCGAACAGAACACAUGUCUACUUUAACUGGAGUCCACAGGGGAUUCAGCUGUGGAAAACAGAAAUAGUCAAAUCUUCCAGUUCUGUUUAUUACAGUAUUGAUUGAUUAAUCGCCUUUUACAACAGUAUACUGAUUCUGUACACUGAAAUCACUGCCUAAUCUCAGGGAAGGAGUUAGAUCAGUGUUUUUUUGUAAUCAGAUUCAAUGCCUCAAGAGAGGUGCAGUUCCUGUUUUCGGGCCUUUUUCCCCCCAUGAGGUGUCAGACAAUCUGCACUGCUCUGGAAGAUGGUAUUUGUUUACAAGACUGUACUCUAUAUAUAUAUAUAUAUAUAUAUAUAUAUAUAUAUAUAUAUAUAUAUAUAUAUAUAUAUAUAAAAUAUACUUGUGUGUCUUUUAUUCUCUGUAGACAGUGUGACUGUCCACUUCAAAUUUUGUUAAGAUUCUUCAAAUUUUUGGAAUAAUGAUCAACAUUCCAACAAUAAGCCAUAAAAUUCAUGGACAGAAAGUAUGUUGUCAUUACAAUACAGAAUCAAAGAAAGUGGUGUCGGCCUACAUUAGGUUUUGAGACUAUAAGACAUUUGAAAUAUCUUCUAACAACACUAUAAGUCUAUAGCCACGCUAGCAGUUACCCUCAAGUCACAGAGCUUCGAUUUUCCAAAAAAGUAAACAAUCUAUGAAAAACCCCAAAUGUCGUUUCACUCUUAACGCUCUUCUGUACAUAUUUCCUGAAUCCUCAAAGACAAUGUUUAGUCCCAAGUUGCUGCCCUCUUUCCUGUCCAGUUGAUCCCAGAAAUGACUUAUCUCCUUACUCUUUAACAACUGAAAAGAAAUAUUGACACAUUAUUUUGUUUAAAAUUUUAAAAUAAUAUAAAGCAAUAUCAAUAGUAAUAGUAAAAUUCUUGAAGUUUGGCUCAUGUUGCAUAAAUUGAGCAAGGACACAAACUGAGAGUGGGAAGUUUUGUUAAACAACCUUCUGGGUUUGUCAAAGAUGUUUAUUUUUCAGAAAAUGCUUAGUUCUGUGACAUAAUGGCAAUAGAGUCACAAACCAGGGCUAAAUUUGCACUGGCUAUUUGUAAAUUCAAGCCUAAAUUUGUGUGUAAAGUCCCUAAAUUCCCUAAAUUUCUAUGAAUUUCUAGCCAUUUUCAAACUAGUGUUACUAAAUCUGGUUGUAACCUCACAGUGAUUUCAAGGAGUCACUGCUACUGUCCAACAAAUAGUGAGAUAUAACAUGUUAAUUAGUGAGCUUGAAAAGGGUGGAAAACAAUUGUCUAUUCUUUGUGAAUAUAGUUAGAUAUUACUUUGUUUUAUUUAUACAUAGAGAAAUAUGUUUGUGUUUAGAGUUAAUAGUAUCCAUACAGUAAUUGUGAGUGGUAGAUAUCCAUAAAUGCAAACUUAACUGCCAUUUAGUGCAAGGUUAAUGAUGACUAUAUUAUUGCUUUUACUCUAAAGUCUGAACAGGCCAUGUUUGCUGCAUCUGCCUCCGUUAGCUAUAAAACGGUUACACCUGGCAGUUUGAUGGAUGUAAAUAUUAAACUAAUAUUUAUGUAAGAACUAGUUUGUUUGGCGAAACCUGUUUUAUUUAGUGGUAAGAAAAUCUCCACUUAGUAAACACACGCUAUAAGUUUGAAUUUACAAACAGCUGCAACUGUCUCCAUAAAAUAAAACUGUUGCUGACAAAUGUAAUGGCAAUUUUGAAAUUCUUACCAACAAUGAGGCAAAAAAUACAGUUUGACCAGAGGGUACCAGAUUAAGUGACCUAAGUCUUGGCGCUAGCGUGGCUAAAAAUGUCAGGAAAUACAACAUUUUGGACAUAGUUUCUUCAGCUAUUCAAUAUCUACCAACAACUGAUCUUGAGGUUUACCACGAUUACAAUUACAAAAAUACAAAACAGGAGAAUACGCUUUUUAUUACAGAGCUUUUGUUGACCGGGAGAAAGUUAUUUAUUCUUCAUGUAACCAUAUCAAUUCCAGUAUUUGUGACAUAAAACAGAGAAAGGAAUGAAUGUUAUAUGACUUAUUGCAUCUUGUAUAAAAAGCAUGAUCCAUUUAACUGACAUUGCAUGUGAGGCACUAACAAAAUCUUUUAGGCUAGUUUUAUACAACCUUUUUGAAGAUUGUUUUGAGGGUAAAAUUUAGUUCUUUGCUAUUGUUUGUAUUACUGACGGUGUAUUCCUCAAGAAUAUCACCAGUGUCUUUGUAUGACAGACGUUUGAAGGCUAAAAAAAAGAAACUUACUGCUAUAUUCCACAUGGGACCAAACCUCUACAGAUCAACUUAAAAAUGAACAAGCUUUAUUUUUUAUAACUGUAGAUAAUCUUGGAUUUUCAAAAACUAGUCCACCCCAUCAUGUCAGACCUGAAGCAGACCGGUGGAUACAGGGGGGCGGGUGGGUGGGUGGCGUUUUUGGAGGACGACUGGGUCCAAACACUGAAAGCUGACCACAUGACCCGUCUCAUGACUUUGAAACAUGUGCUCCUUGUUGCGACUUCUGGCCUAGGCUGAGGUUUAAUACACAGAGCAAUGCAGUCAUUCACACUUACCAGAUGUGGCGUGUGCUUUUGUGCUCAUUCAGAUUUAGCGUGGCGGGCACUUCGCUUGCUGCACAAAGCGUUUUUUUGUCUGUCUCCUUUGGUAAGACUGAACGUUUCAGAUAGUUAACUUUUGCGUCUCGUCUUUGAAUCACAGUGCAGUCACCACAACAACCAUAAAAACACAUAUCUGAUGAGAAAGCAGUCUGAAUAGCUGAAUUUUAGGCCCUUCAUUAGGAAUGUGUUGUAGGUACACCAAAGACCAUGUGUUCAAAGGAGCAAUGUCACCUUAGCUAGAUUGAUUUGGGAUUUUAGAAGCUGUAUGACAACUAACACCAAGUAUUAGUAUAGAAGAAGUGGAAUAUCCCUUUUUUGAUGUUGAAUUUCACUUUUUGUGGCACAAAAAUUAUUUUUAACUUUCGCUUUUUUUGGUUUUAGCCAAAGUAAUGUGGUGGAAUUUAUUUGUGACUCCAUGAAUGUCAUCCUCUAUAGUUUUGAUUUGUUUGAAAAAUCCGCUGGCACUGACACAAAUGCUGGACAUUUUCCUUCUCUGAAACAUUUCUCUUAAUUUUCAAGAUCAAUGUGUAGAAUGUGUGUAAACGAUAAUGACGCUAACAAAGUCUGUGAGGAUUGUAAUCCCAGUCAGAACAACAGUAUAGCUUUCUGUGCAUUACAUUUGAAUGACCAGACAGUGACAUACAUAACCUUAACAUAAAUCGUCUUUAUUCCAAAUGCAGCACUAUAACAGGACUCGUUCCAACAACCCUUUAACAUUCUUGUACUUGUGUUCUGAUCUGCAUGGCAACUUUGUUCCAUAAUGCAUAAAAAAGCUUGGCUGCUUAUGUACAUGUCGUAUAAAAGUCAUAAAUCAUGUAAGGGACUGUGCUUAUCUUGGUUGUUCAAACAAAAAUGAUCAUCCAUAUAAGAAAUGUAACCAUGUCUUAAAUGUUUUUAGAUUAUACUCCAUGAUAAAUAUACGUUAUGUGCCUGCAUAUUCCUUCCAUCAAUGCCUCAAUGUGUCAAAUAAAAAUGGUAUUUUUCUCUGA